CACGGCUCAAAUCUGUUUCUGCAUUAUGUGGGUUAAGUUAUCAUCUCUGUUUUAGAUAGAUAGAUUUUACAGGUGAAAAGAAAAAGGUGGAUUGCAACUGAAUAUUUUGUGAUAGAAGACAUUACAGACUGCCAUGGCUAAUGAGUACUUAAUCAAGAAAUGGCGGAUGUGUUUCAAACUAAUGGAUGUAAAACAUGCCGGGCAAAUCUCCAGGGAAGACGAAAAGCAAGAAGAAGAAGCUUACGUGAAACUUGCACAUCUUGAAGGAAAACGUAAAGAAGAGAUCCUAGAAACUUCCCAUAGGCUUUGGAACAACUUCGUCUUCCGGGGAAAACCUGGACCUAUCACCGAAGAAGAAUUCAUUGAUAUGACAAACACUGAGUACAAGACUGACAAGGCCAAGUUUAUAGCGGAUAUGAGAAAAGAUUGUGCUGAUGACAUGAGUUGUUUCGAUCUUAAACAACAAGGGUUUGUUACAGAAGAAGAGUUUAUUAUGGGAUGUAAAGCCGCUGGCAUGGAGAAUGAGAAAUGGAACAGAGAUUUCUUUCGGAGUUUCAACCCUACUGACGGAAAGGUUGAUGUGAAUGUCAUGAUCGAAGAUUGGGUUCAGUUCUUGACGGAAGAUGACAGCUCUAAAAAAGAUGCUAUCAUGGAUGCAAUGCAAUCAUAUCAAAAUCUUUGAUAUUCCUUAUCAAUAUUUGAUACGCCUAUUUAACAAAAUAAAGCGUUCCACCGAUUAAGACAGUGGUAUAAAGGGCAUUUUUCAAAGGAUAGAUUGAACAAAUUUGUGUCGUAGAAAUAAAAAUGUUGACCUUGCUUAUGACAAUGUGUACAUUGAUUCGUCAUUAACUUAUCUCGUUCAAUAAAUGUAAUCAGUAAACAUGUUUUAGAUCGUAAUAUAUGGUGCUUGCGUACACGUCAUUUGUAUAUUUUGCAUGACUGUCAGGGUCGUGAGUGUGAAAGUUACAUGCAAUAUAAAUACCCAUUGACUUAAUAUAUAAAGGCCGGAUAUUACAUGAUGAGAAGUAACUGGUAUCUGCAUAAUACAAGAAAAACCUGAACAAAAACAAAACCAAACACUCGGAGUGAUCCCAUGCCGUGAGUGAUAAACAGUUUUGAAGAAAAUUGAGUAAGAUCUUGUAAUUCCACUCAUCUUACGACCACAAUUAAGUUUUAAAAGUAAAAAAAUAACAUAAAAAUAAAUUUGAUUUUUUACACGAAAAUAACAAUAGCACCAUCGUUUGGAAAAGCGACGAAGAAGCACACUUUUUAGAAAGUUAGUGCCUACAUCUUUGUGUUCAUUUAUUAAGGAGUUCACUCAUUUAAAGCUACAAGCAUAUACUUUUACUUACUGUUGACAGAAAGCAUUCUGAUGUAGGAAGUUAGUUUUUUAUGACAUUAGAAAAUAACAAAAGAAGUGAACUCAAACUUGAAAAGAGUUAUUAUGAAAUUACCACGUUACUUUAAUAUCAGACAGAUACGUAUGAUAUUAUAUUUGGGUAUGAGGACUUCGUCUAUAGAAACAACUCGUUAACAAAAUGAAAUGAACAGUACAGCAUUUUUCUUAGCUUUGCUUCCUCUGUCAAAUAUUUAGUAAACUGCAAUUGGUUUGCAUAUCUGCAGUUACCAGUACUUUCAAAGACUUUAUAUGUAAGAUAUUUUAUUGCAAGUGACUUUUCCAGGUGUUGCUGCCAUCUUUGUUGUUUAGGUAAGGAACAGUUAGACUCCACUCCUACUUGAUUUACUUUCCAUUGGAAACAAAACAUACAUAGCUGUGUCCGAGCCGAGCAUUGAACUUCAACAUCAUACUAUCACUACAUACAUAGAUGUGUCCAAGGCGAGCACUGAACUUCAACGUCAUAUUAUCACUACAUACAUAGCUGUGUCCGCGGCGAGCACUGAACUUCAACAUCAUACUAUCACUACAUACAUAGAUGUAUCCGAGGCGAGCACUGAACUUCAACAUCAUACUAUCACUACAUACAUAGUUGUGUGCGAGGCGAGCACUGAACUUCAACAUCAUACUAUCACUUAAGUGGCAGUUAACUUGACUAUGCUUUGAAUACUUUUACGGGUCUGAUGUAAGUAUAGAGUAAUGUAACAUUCUAUAAUGAUAAUCCCUGUAUCAAUUAUCCUGUGAAGCUAGCAGAUUACCGUUUGAUGUUUUAUGUCUGUUGUUUAGUUUGUCCGUGGUGAUAGUUCAUGGUGUUAACUAUGCCCACCUGUUAAUAAUAAGUUGAUAAGUUGA